AAAACUCAGUCUAUAGUUGAAUUCCACAUGCGAGACAUCAAGCAGUUAUCUCUACGUUGAUCGUCAACAGGUUACGUGUACAGUUGCUGUCAUUACACAAGGAAAUAAUCAAAUUUCGUAAUGUCGAAAGAAAUGCCGCAACCACCGCCACCUGGUUUUGCUCCAUCACCGCCACCUAGUUUUUCACCACCGCCACCGCCACCGCCUUAUCAUCCCGGACAGCCGAAUGUAGUCAUUGUAGGCACACAAUUUGGUCCGGAAUCGCAACGCUUAGUCUGCCCGUAUUGUCACGCACAAAUUACGACGUCGAUUGAAACAGAGGCAAAUACAAAAACUCAUCUGUUUGCAUUACUUCUUUGCGUGUUGGGAUUAUGGUGCUGUGCCCCGUGUCCGUAUUGUAUUGACUCAUGCAUGGUAAAGAAACACUACUGCCCCUCUUGCAAAGCAUACUUAGGACAAUCACAUAAUUAACUCCAUGAACAUUUAAGUAUUGUUGAUAUACAUAUAUAUGUGUAUAUGUAUUAAAACAUAUGUACUACAACAAGUUACUAUGUGAUGUACACAUAACUUAUGCAUUUGUUGCAUAUAAUUGACAAAAAACAUUUUAUACAUAUUUUGAUAUCAUUCACAGUAUUGAAUAUAGCUUUAUUGCACCAUACUGCAUUUAUCUUAAUGAUGUCAAACUAUUAAUCUUUAUCAUCUUUCUCAUUUCUUAUAGUAAGGAUUUAAGUUAAUGCUUUGCAACUUAUAUUAAGCUGUAUGUACUAAUAAGAAUUCGAGAAAUGUUUUAUGUCAGUACUAUACAAUUAAUUUUAUUAGCCAUAAAUCAGAAGUUUAGACAUAAUUGUUAUUAUUAAAGUAAAUACAUACACUGCUUAUAUUUUUUGUAUACAGUUUAUCAUAACAAGAUGAAAGUGCCUGGUUGUUUUCAAAACCAUCUGAAUAUGAAAAAUUAUGUAAUAAAAUAUGAAAUGUUCCUAUAGUUUAACAGUGAAGUUAAAAAUCAGUUAAUUAAUUUAUA